GAGGCCUAGCAACUUCGAGAGCGCAGGCGCCGCCCAGACCUGUUGUUGGUGUUUGGCUGGAUCCGGCGCGCCGUGGUUCCGGCCGUUGGACCUUGUGAGUGGUGUGGAGCCCAGGCGACCCCUGGGCUCCCCGAGCAGAGCUAGAAGUUAGGGGUGAGAAAUGGAAUCGACAUAUCUUCAAAAGCACCUUGGGGCAUGUCUAACUCAAGGCCUUGCAGAAGUGGCAAGAAUUCGCCCAGUGGAUCCAAUAGAAUAUUUAGCAUUGUGGAUUUACAAAUACAAAGAAAACAUGACCAUGGAGCAGCUGAGACAGAAGGAGAUGGCCGACCUGGAGCACGAGAGAGAACUGGCUUUGAAAGAGCAGGAAAUGAUGGAGAGGCUCAAAGCAGAGGAGCUCCUUUUUCAGCAGCAACAGCUGGCUCUCCAGCUGGAACUGGAAAUGCAAGAGAAAGAGAGACAAAGAAUAGAAGAAGAACAAAGAGCUCAAGAGCAAUUAGAGAAGGAGAUGGAAAUGAAUGUAGAAAACAUACCUAAGAGUGAAGAUAGUUCACAUUCAGAGGAUAUAACACCAGACUCAGGCAAAACGCUGGCUGAAAUUAGUGAUCGAUACGGGGCACCAAACCUGAGCAGAGUGGAAGAACUUGAUGAGUCAAUGCUAUCUGAUGUUGCAUUAAACAAUGACCAAGAUUUGUAGGAUCAACCAACCCAAGAACAAUAAAUUUUUCUGCUUGUUUCAAUUUUCAACA